AUGCUCGCGGCGAAGCCCCUUGUGUCGUCCAAGCCUAGCAGCUCCAAGAGGGCUGCCAGGCAGCAAGUGGCCGUGCGGGCCUCCGCCGACGGCAAGUACGAUGACUACAAGCCGACGCGGGCGAUCUUCUUCCCGGGGCAGGGCGCGCAGUCGGUCGGUAUGUGCAAGUCUCUGGUGGAGGAGGUCCCCAGGGCCGCUGAGAUGUUCGACACCGCGUCAGACAUCCUGGGCUACGACCUGCUGAAGAAGUGUGUCGAGGGCCCCGCGGAGGAGCUCAACACGACGGAGAUCUCGCAGCCGGCGAUCUACGUCGCGUCGCUGGCCGCCGUCGAGAAGCUGAAGCUCGAGAAGGGGGCGGACUUUGUGGACGGCGUGGACGUCACCUGCGGGCUGUCGCUCGGCGAGUACACCGCGCUGGCCUUCGCCGGCGCGUUCUCCUUCGAGGACGGCCUCAAGCUCGUCGCCACGCGCGGCAAGGCCAUGCAGGCCGCCGCCGACGCAGCGCCCUCGGCCAUGGCGUCGGUGAUCGGCCUCGACUCGGCCAAGGUCGAGGAGCUCUGCGCCGCCGCGAACGCCGAGGUCGACCCGGAUCAGGCCGUGCAGAUCGCCAACUUCCUCUGCCCGGGCAACUACGCCGUGUCCGGCGGCGUUGCGGGCAUCGAGAAGGUGGCGGAGAUGGCCAAGCCGCAGUUCAAGGCGCGCAUGGCGGUGAAGCUGGCGGUGGCCGGCGCGUUCCACACGCAGUUCAUGCAGCCGGCGGUCGGGCAGCUCGAGGAGGCCCUCGCGGCGACGGCCAUCUCGGAGCCGCGCCUGCCCGUGAUCAGCAACGUCGACGCCAAGCCGCACGCCGACCCCGAGGAGAUCCGGAAGAUCCUGGCGAGGCAGGUGGUCGGGCCCGUGCUGUGGGAGAACACGCUCAAGGAGCUCUUCGCGCGCGGGCUCACGGAGGGGUACGAGUGCGGGCCGGGCAAGGUCAUUUCCGGCAUCGCCAAGCGCAUCGACAAGGGCGUCUCGGUGACGAACGUGGAGGCGUGA